AUGGCAGACAGUGACGAGGAAUUCUACACCAUCCCGAUCAAAGACCAGCGUGUCUUCGGCGCCGGCAUCAAGCGCAAACGAGUCGCCUUCGUGCGCGCCUCUACUGCAGCUUCCACGACUACAUCGCCCAACACCAGCAACACCACGCCUACUCUCGCCGAGCAAUAUCUCGCCAAACACGCACAGAAGAAUACACAGGCAUCGCAGCUCGCCGCUGCCGCCGCUGCUACUGCUGAUGACGGCGACGAUGACAACGACAACAUAACACCAGCGCAACCCCCUCCCCUACCAAAAUGCGAAAUAUGCAAACACCCAAUCCGCACACACACGCCCACCUCACCAAGCAACGGCAACAACACCCACAACAACACGAAGCAAACCGUAUCAAUCCCCCACGAAGCCACAAUCCCGCACCAGCUCGCCCUCGCCCACUCCCACCCCCCCUCAUCCAUCGACCGCACAAGCAGAGGCCUCCCCUACAUGCAAGCCCGAGGCUGGGACCCCGACGCACGCCAAGGCCUCGGCGCGACGGGUUCAGGGAUGCUCUACCCCAUCGAGGCAGUGGAGAAGAGAAACCGGUUCGGGAUUGGUGUGCGGGUGAAGAAGAAGCAGGUUUUGGCAGAGGGUGAGGAUAAGGAGGGCAAGAAAGCGGAGCGGGAGAGGGAGAGGAUAAUGAAGAAGAAACUGGUCAAUCUCGAUGCGAAGCAGAUUCGUCGUCUGGAUGACGAGGAGCGCAGGGUGGCGGAUCGGAUGAGGGAGUUGUUCUAUCGUGAUGAGUCGGUGGAUAAGUUGCUUGGAGCCAUGAAUGAGGCGCCAUCGCUAUCGGUGGUGAAGACGGCGAAAAUGAAGUCGAAUGUGAAGAGGAUGCGGAGGCAAGUUAGUGGGUUUGAGGGGUUCGAUCAGAAGGGCAGGUGGAUUUGA